CACUUUAUCAUCAUCCCACCCUUCUCCCCCUUGCUCAUAAAGUCACCACCUCCCCCCCCGUCGCAUGGUCCCUUAUCCCCGCGCAUCAUGUCUGCCGCAUUGCCUUAUUUACAGAAGCUGCGCAAGUCCCAACUGACGGACUGGGCGGAAGCCACUGAUCUUCACGACUACGAGGAGUACAAUAAACCUGAACUCGCCACGCUGCUGGACCAGCAUCUCCAGGCCAACCAAUCCAUCUUCGCCAAGGAUGCGCGCCUAACGGAUUACUACCGUCGCCUGUCGCAAACCCCGCGCAAGGGGUCGCCGGUCAAGAGAGACCCUCGGGUGGAAAUCUCGCCGCCUGUGAAAGAGACUCCGCGGUCGGCGCCACGGUCGGCGCGUCGUAGGCAGAUGCGAGUCCUGGAGGAAGAGGUGAAGGGAGAGGAGACGAAGGAGGAACCCAAAGAGGAACCUAAGGCGGAACCCAAGGAGGAGGCUGAGCAACCCCAAGAGGAAUCCGACGCGUCUCCACCACCGGUCUUCCAGACUCCUGGACCGUCGCCGCUCAACUUUCAAUCGGCCUUGCCGGCAUCGCCGGCCCUCAUCGCUGAUGCGGUGGACCGGGAGUCCGUCGCGUGGCGCAAGAAGGCGAGCGAUUGGUGGGCCGGCUCAGGGGUGCCGGAUGGCACGCAGUCACUGCGCUCCUUGCUCAGCAGCGUGAAGGCCGUCCAGAUUCUGACAUUGCUGCUCGAAGGGUGUUCCAUCAUUUAUGAAGUUCUACCACUGCGAUUCGUGUCCACCAUUACGAUUUGGGCGAUUGAGAUCUCCAUCAAGGUCCCUGACGUCUUCGUCCUCGUUGACGGCGUCUUCUGGGCCCCAUUCUCGCUGUGGCUGCUGACUAGCAUUCUGCUGCCAUUGACCGUCGCAUACUUCUUCAACAUCAGCCUGAACCUCGCGCCAGGCAGUGCUGCGUCUCAUGCGCGUCGCAGCCGCGCAUCGCCUGCGAACUUCGAUCCGCUCAGCUUCAACAUUGCCAAGGCGGGGCUCGCAUACCUGGUGUAUGCCCGGCAGUUCAACUUCUUCAAUCUGUACAGCCAAUUUUCGAUCGCCCGGGUGAACGCCGCGGUCCCCGGUCAAUGGGCUGGCUUGGUGACCGGGUCUGCGAUUGGGGUGAUCGGCACUCUGUACGAGGCGAUCCUGCGGAAGUAAAUACGUGGUGUAUAUACGUGAAUGUGUUGUGGCAGAGCCACUGGUUGUAACGCAGAUUGAUUGAGUAGGACCUGCUCCGUACAAGAGAAAAGGCGUGCGAGUGCCUGUCGGAGGGGGUUGUGAGAAGGGUUUCUCUCGCCUAGAAGGUCUAUUUUCUGGAUAAUCGUUGGAUUCCAUGUGUGCAGUGCGAUGGUGCUUCGGUCUUGUUCUAAUGUUGAGUUAUCUUCGGUUUCUCUCCUUUCUCGGGGGUAUCUGGCGUGAGAAUGGUGUGGCGCGUUGAUUGUUAUGAAUUGAUCUG